AUCUAAGUAUUCGUAUCUUUGGUAGCGUCGCGUAGGUAGACGUAUAGGAAGUUUUGUGCUUUUGUUUCCUGAGAGAAACGUUAGUUAGUAGCAAUAUGAUUGUCCCUGGAAAUACUAUUAAGUUAGUAGACGUUGGCACCUCCAUUGCAGUUUUGCCCGAAGCCGAAUCACAGUCACCAGUUGUGAAAGCUGUGAGGAAUAUAAAGAAGAAAAAUGCCGGGGCUUUUAUACGACUGCAGCCGACUACAUCUCAGACCGACAAAACAAACACACAGAAAGAAUCUGGAAAUGCAACCUCUGGGAGGGGUGUUGUGUACCUCAGCCACAUACCAGAUGGCUUUUAUGAAGAUGAAAUGCGCCAAUAUUUUAGUCAGUUUGGACGUGUUACCAGAGUAAAGUUAGCACGUAGUAGAAAGACUGGCAGAAGUAGAGGAUAUGCAUUCAUCGAAUUUCAGUACGCUGAAGUAGCCAAGGUUGUUGCUGAGACCAUGAACAAUUACUUGUUAUACAACAGACUUCUCAAAGCAAGUUACAUGGACAAGCAGUAUCCUGCAGCAUUUUGGAACCAACAAUCUUGUGGGCCUCAAAAUUGUCCACUCGCAAGAAAUCGACGAAUAGAAAUAAAACGAAAAAAUGCGAUUCUGAAUCCUGCGAAGGAACUGGCACAGCAGGGGAGGAGGCGGAGGCAGCUGGCAAAGACUCUGAAUCGCCUGAGGGAUGCUGGAGUGGAUCAUACUCUUGAGGUAAAAGAUCAAGUAGAGCUGUCUACAAGAGGAAAAAAAAUUGGUGGUGCAAAAAAUACAAAGCAAGAGAAACAGGCAUCCGAAGAAAGUGUGAAGGUGGAAGAGGACUCUAGGAACAGCCAGCCAGUGCUGCUAGUGGAUGAGAGUGAUGACGAAAUUGAAUUCAACGUGCCAUCUUUUGUUAUCAGGAAAACCUUGAAGAGGCGGAGCAGUAGUCCGGCAUUGGAGCAGUCUCCCAAAGUAAAGCGGGGCAAGCAUGUUAAGAGUGAGCCACUGACAUCACCAACUCAGGAAGCUCUCAGUUCUCCAGAAAAACAGAAUGGAGAGGCAAGUUCCAGAUCUAACCACAAAAGUAGAAAGAGUGGUAGAGUCAGUGUUAUUCCGAAGCACAUCAGCUCUGGGUUUCACGUAACUAUUACUCCGGGGAAGUCCAAGCAGAAUAAAUUGGCCAGCAAGGAGAACCGAGAGAGCCAGUCACCUGUGCAAUCUGAGGAAUCGCCAAAACAAUUGGGCACACCGAAAGCAGUUGAUGCCGAAUCUCCGAGAUUGUCCAAGUCGGUCGAAUCUUCCACAAAUAAAAAGAUUAGAAACAGUAGACUCUCCACCGAGAAUAAGAUCGAUGGAUCCUCAGAAAAUACUGAAAUACCAAAGGUACACAGACGGAGCACAGAGACGCCAGAAAUUUUGGACGGUGUUACGCCCACUCCCGUUGCAGAUAGUGCUGUUAGAAAAGUGUCCCCUAAAGCAGUCAAAACCCCAAAGCAGAUGAAAAAUAAUCCACACACUAUCGAGAAAAGAAAAACACCUAAGUUGAUGGACGUUCGCGGCAGUGUUGCAUCAGGGCCUGAGAAAACUGUUUUACUCAAAAGUAAUGGGAAGAGAAUUUCUCCAAAAGCAACACCAAAUGUGCACUGCCCAGUACAAAAACUUAACUCUGUUGACAGGAGUCCCUCAAAAACACCAGUUGGGCGGAAGUCUUUACCGUUGUCAAAACCUAAUUUGGAAGACAAGAAACGCACAGGACUGAAGACUCCACUGAAAACUCCAAUAGGCAGGAAGAGCCAAAACUGGACUGCCUCAAGCGGCCCAAACCGUUCACCAAAUUUAAUGCAGAAACUUGGUUCAGAAGACAAGAAACGUACAGGACUGAAGACUCCACUGAAAACUCCAGUAGGCAGGAAGAGCCAAAACUGGACUGCCACAAGUGGCCCAAAACGUUCACCAAAAUUAAUGCAGCAACUUGGUUCGGAAGACAAGAAACGCACAGGACUAAAGACACCUUCGAAAACUCCAAUAGGCAGGAAGAGCCAAAACUGGACUGCUGCAAGCAGCCCGAAGCGUUCACCACUGUCCCAUAGCACCGCCUUGAAAAAGCACGACAGUGCUAGUCCAAAAGCUUCGAAACCUGCAAGAAAGAGCUUAAAGUUAAAUAAGUAGAUGUGUUGAAAAAAGGACUCCUGUAUUGGGAGAGAACCCAGAGGCCAUAACAACAUUGUCAGAAUGAGAUUUUUCACUGUAUCAUGUAUUUGACUACACCUGGAGUGUAAUGCACAUUUGUUAGUUUCUAAAAUGAACAAAAGAGAAUUAUUCGACAGUUACGGUGCGAUUCGUCGAUUCUUUUCGUAUGUGUUGCCAGCGUGGAAUCAGUUUGUUCCUUAGUUUUUGUAGAGUACUUAUUAAUAGUUGUUUUUAUUUGGCAUAUCAGUACAACUGUCUUUGGUUUCUUUCCCAGACUGAGGAUAAAUAAUGUGAAUUUUUCCUCAGUAUCUUAAUGAUAUUCUUUUUUAUCUGCACUUAACACUACCUAUGGCUAAUGCGAAAUAUGUACUGUAGAUAUAUUUUUAGAAAGCCUAUACAAUAUUUACUGAUGUUUAAGUGUGCUAUGUUUUAUCACUUGGUGGUGCAAUACUGAUUUUUUUAAAUAAGAAAAUUGUUUCUCAGCCAGUGGCAGCUUAUUUGCCACUGAAUCAUUGUAAAGCCUCAGCUGUAAUUGUUUUGAUUUUUAUUUUGCAUAGAAUAAAUUGUCUGAUAUAUUUAUUUUAAAA